AUGACCUUCCCUCCCCCUCACCCUUCCGCCCAAUCGUCGAUUGCUUCCGGCACCGAUAAGCCCUCUUCGUCCAGACCUGAGAUUGGUGCCUGGGGUCGGUCCACGUCACAGUCCGGCAUUCGUCGUGGUUUGACUCCUCUCGCGACCAACCUUUCCUCCUCUACCGCUCCCACAGCAUCUUCCCGGGGCCAAGAGCCAGGCCCUGGGGUUUCGACUCCCUCAUCCUUCUCUGCUGUCCUGAGCUCCACCAGGGGUCUUUCAGGGGGCAGCCCGAAGCCUGUGCCCUCUCCAUUCACCUCGCUGCAAUCGGGCGCACAGCAGACACCGUCGCUCUCCUCGCCCAAAUUCCGCGCACAUACCCCUUCAGCAGGGUCUCAUUUCGCCUCUACAACAGGUUCCAUCCCGGGCAGUGGAGGAUCUGGGGGAGGUGGUGGGCCGGGAUCUUCUAGAGGUGUCGCUUUCUCACCACUGUCAUCCGGCACAACUGUGAAUUCACCCACGGGUUUUGCUUCCGACAAGUCAGGCUCGGCCGCCGCUCAUUCAAGCCAAUCAUCCCUCACCAAAAUUUCGAUCGCUCAGGUAUUUCUCCUGCUAGACUCGAUCACCGAGAAAGAGGGGAAAGAAAAGUGGGAAACCAAGGCUGCUCAAAUCCACAAGCUUGUUACAUCCAACGGAAUGGAGGUCUUCUCAAAGUACUUUCGUCGCCUUCUUACAGGCAAUGCCCCUCAGAUCUUUCCGGGCGUCAACAAGUCCGUCGAGAAUGCCGGCAAUUAUCCUCUCCUAGUUCAGGAAAUGCAAAAGGUUUCCUCGGACAUUGAACAAGCACAGAAGAUUGCGGAGACGGUCGACACAUUCGAGGGCGACAUUUUCCGUGAUUUUGAUCUGUCAACCUUUUUGGAUCAUUUCCGUCUUGAUCCCAUUGUGAAGGUCGCUCUCGCGCUGGCCUUCAAGUUGACGAAUAAAUCAGAUCUUCGCGCGAAAGCCGAUGCUAUUCUUUCGAACUCGACUGGCCCCUUCCUUCAAAGCUUAGCGAGCCCAUCCGAAGCAACCAAGGAACUCCCUAGUUCCUUCCUCGGAAUGACGAUUGAACGAUUCAUCCUUUACCCUCCUCGAAACUUCACCGACGAUGUCAAGGCCAAGCUGGUCUAUGCUGUGAACCUACGAUACCAGAAACUGAGCCUGGACAUGCCUUCCGAAGUCUCCUCCGCCCUCCAAAUGUUCAAUUUUGUCGCCCCUCGAUAUACCCUUGUGCGACAGCUUCACUCCAAGGGGCCACGUGCAACCGUGAAUGUGGAGGUGAUCUCUGAAAUCAUCAAUGCAGCAGGGCCAGAUGGCUGGGGCGAGGAACAGCUCGCCAGCGCUCUUCUCUUCAUGGUCUUGUCGCAACACUGUCAACAAUUUUCUAUGGAGACGUUCAUGAACGCAUAUGCCGAUAAACAGAUUAAGUGGCCGCUUGUUUUUCGAAACUUUGAUCGUGAAGGUUUGAGAGUGGAUCCGAAGCAGUUCACUAAGCUCUAUAGCCUUCUUACCACUGUUGCCUUGGAUGACAGCUCCCUGGAUGUUCAGAAACUGUGGGGUGGAGAUUGGGAGCACCGCGAUGCCCAAAUCUCAUUCCUGACGGCCUUUGUGGCCUCUCGCACAGAUGCUUCUCAGAUUCCAAACCUUCGUGCGACUUUCCCUGGCGACUUUUUCGACGACGCACCCGAGAUCGUGAAAUUGCAAGGUGAGCGCGCAGCCAAGUCACCUUUACGAUCUAUGGAUGCCAUAAAGGCCAUUUUCGACUGUGCUCUAUUCUCCUCAGCAUCAUGGGGAGCGGUGGAAAGCCAGCUGCUCAUCAAAGCUGUUCUUCAACACGAUCUCCCGGUAUUCCUUGUUUCCGCUCUCGCCAUACCGCAGAAAUGGACAGCUGUACAGCAGAACUUCGUUCUCCGAACCUUUGUUGUGUUCAUAUCCAAGCAAGAAGAUGGAUACCAAUUAGCCCUUUAUGGAGCUUGGCGUCAAGAUCGACAAUGGGUCUCGGAGCAGCUAUUCGCUACCUUUACCCAGGACCCAACCGCCACAACUGCGAUAUAUGAACAUGCAACGGCAUAUGGAUGGCUUGACUAUCUGCUCGGUUUCACAAACGGGCUCGCACUCGACCUUGCUUGCUAUUGCCAUCGUAAGGGCUCAUUUGACCUCGAGUAUUGGGUUCGCAACGCAUCGCAAAAGGGUGGCAUGGACAUGGGGGGACUUUUGUCCAAGUACUUGAGAAUCAAGGCCGAGGACGAGUUGCAUGUCCAGCGCAAGGAACAGCCGGCGCCUCAAAUGGUCAGCCUGUCUGUGAAGACCGUGUAUACUCUUCUGUCUGUGUUGGAAGAGUAUGUUGGCGAUCGCGAGAAUGUCACACCCACCCAGCGCUUCUGCAUCCAGACCUAUCCUCGCCUCAUAAAUUAUGGCGAAGGAUUCGACGAUAUCAUCGAUGCGAACGGAGAGAAUGGGAAUACGUUACCUGAAUCCGUCGAUAAGCAGAUGCAAGACUUGUUUGGCAAGAUGUACCAUGAGGAGCUGUCGCUGCGCGAGAUGCUGGAGCUUAUGCGAAAGUAUAAGCUGUCCCGUGAGCCCGAUGAGCAAGAUCUCUUUGCUUGCAUGGUACAUGGUCUUGUGGAUGAGUACCACUGCUAUCAUGAAUACCCCCUCGAAGCUCUGACGAAGACUGCCGUCAUGUUUGGCGGAAUCAUCAAUUUCCGCCUGGUUGACGGCAUUACGCUCAAGGUCGGUCUCGGAAUGAUCUUGGAGGCCGUCAGAGAACACGAGGUCCACAACCCAAUGUACAAAUUUGGCGUUGAGGCCAUUGAACAGCUCAUUGGUCGUCUUCCAGAAUGGGCCGGAUUCUGUCACUUGCUUCUGCAAAUUCCCAGUCUUGCAGGGACACCCAUUUUCCAGAAAGCCGAAGAAGUUGUCCGAGAGCAAGGUGGGAGUCAUGAGAACUCUGACAACACAUUCGAUGAUCUUGGUGGCCCUAUCCGAUCCAAUGGCAACUUGGAAGAUAGCUCCGCGAACGACGGUACAUCUCGGCGAUUCCGCUCGAUUCAAGUUGAUGCUCCCCUUCGGUCGGAGCUCUACGAGGAUCCGGAUGAGGACAUUCAGGACAAGAUCCUGUUUGUGUUGAACAAUGUCUCGGAGAAAAACAUCGAAGAAAAACUGCACGACUUGCGCGAAGUGUUGCGUGACCAGCACCACCAGUGGUUUGCUGCCUAUCUUGUCGAGGAGCGCGCCAAGCUACAGCCCAAUUUCCAACAACUGUACCUUGAUCUUCUUGACCGUAUCGGUGACAAAAUACUCUGGGCUGAGGUUCUCAGGGAAACCUACGUCAGCGUUGCGAAGAUUAUGAACUCUGAAGCCACCUUGACCUCGUCCCAAGACCGGGGACAUCUCAAGAACCUCGGUGCAUGGCUUGGCUCAUUGACCAUUGCCAGAGACAAACCCAUCAAGCACAAAAACAUCUUUUUCAAAGGCUUGCUUUUGGAAGGCUAUGACAGUUCGCGACUCAUGAUUACUAUUCCCUUUACCUGCAAGGUUUUGGUUCAAGCCACAAAGUCAACUGUCUUCAAACCUCCCAACCCGUGGCUUAUGGACAUUUUAGGUCUUCUGCUAGAGCUUUACCAUUUCGCUGAGUUGAAGCUCAAUCUGAAAUUCGAAAUUGAAGUUCUUUGCAAAGACCUUGACCUUGACCACAAGACCAUCGAACCUUCUACCGGUAUUCGUGACCGCACUUCACAUGGCGAAGAGACCUUGUCGACAUCCAAUAUCCCAGAGGGUCUGGAGGCCUUCGAGGAUAUGGCCCUCACCUCUCUGAGCCAAGGCAUUCGGAGCGAGCGACUAUCGCCUGCCGCUAUCAUGUCAACGCUGCCUAGCCUUGACAAGAUCCUUGUUUUGCCUCCGUCGGCGAGCAGCAUGGUUGAUGCCGGCGUCCUGAGGCAGAUUGUGCACACGGCCGUUGAACGCGCUAUUGCCGAGAUUAUUACUCCCGUGGUGGAGCGCUCUGUCACCAUUGCCUCCAUUUCCACAGUUCAACUUGUAUCGAAAGACUUUGCUAUGGAACCCGAUGAGGAGAAGUUCCGUCAUGCCGCUGGCAUCAUGGUUCGCCAACUUGCCGGCAAUCUCGCUCUCGUCACUUGCAAAGAGCCGCUGAAGGUCAGCAUGACCAACUACAUUCGCAUGAUCCAGCAGGAGUACUCUGAUCAGCCUAUGCCAGAGGGUCUGAUUUUGAUGUGCGUGAACGAUAACCUUGAUGCUGCUUGUGGCAUUGUGGAGAAGGCUGCGGAGGACAAGUCUGUCCCUGAAAUUGAGAAGGUCAUUGAGGCUCAACUGGAGGCUCGUAGACGCCAUCUUGCUACCCGCCCCAAUGAGCCGUUCAUUGACCCUUCAAUGAACCGCUGGGGGCUUUUCAUUCCGGAGCCCUACCGGCAGACUCCCGGUGGGCUCAACCAUGAACAGUUGGCAAUCUACGAGGAGUUUGCACGUCUGUCACGUGGAACCGCUACAGCUCACCACCCCCAAAGCGUUUCCACAGACUCCGGUCGUCAACUUCCAGACGUCCUCCAAGACACUUACCCCGCUAUCCCCAACCUCUCGACUCCCGCCGAGCAGCCUGCUGUUCCCCACCGUACUCCUCAGGCCCAACUCGCCGUUUCCCAGUUACCGGUCCAUACAAACGGGUUGCUUGAUGCUCAAAGCCCCCGAGAACGCGUUGAAUCUCUUAUUUCAGAGCUCCAGCAGUCUGCUCGCAACGCCCCUGAAGAGCGUGUGAAGGAUCUCGGCCGUGACAGCGCUGUUCUCCAGGAAUACAACCAAGCCCUGCGUACCAUCUUGGCUGCUCCCAACGGCGAAGAGCUUGCUCGAUUGACCUCGCUCAAGGUCUGCACAACCCUUUACGGUCAAUCAACAGAGACUCUGGAGAUCGAAGUUCUCGUGCAUCUUCUCGCCAAGCUUUGCGACAUGUCUUCAUUGAUCGCGCGAUACACUUGGGCUCUCCUUGCAGAAGUUGAUGAUGAGCACAUGUUCAACGUUCCCGUUACUGUAGCUCUCAUUGAAGCGGGCCUUUUAGACAUCCGUAGAGUGGAUAUGGUUCUUACUCGCCUCAUUCUGCAAAGGAACGUCAGCGCACUGGAGCUUCUUGACAACCUGAUGAAUCGUGUCCUUUUCAACGACGAGCCCACAGCUCUUCGCUCGGACUUCUCUGGCAGCCUUGAUGCCAUGAGCCAGUGGCUCUCUGAAGAUGGCGAUGUUGCCCCUGCCUUGGAGAUCAUUCGCAAGCUGCGUGACUGUGGUAUCCCUGAAGUCGUGAACGCCCUCCUCGACGACCAGUCUCGGUCUAAGCAGGACCAGAUGCAAUACAUUUUCCAGGAAUGGAUUGGCAUCUACAAGGCAUCGGGGGCCAACGAGCGCACCUACCUUGCCUUCCUCCAAGAUAUGCACAACCGCCAGGUCAUGAAUCUGCAAGAAGAUUCGGCGCUAUUUUUCCGACUCAGCAUUGACAUCUCCGUCAAUGUUUUUGAGCAAGAAUGCCAGAACCCCAACGGUAGCCUGGACGAGGCUUUCUUAUAUGUCGACGCUCUCGCAAAACUCGUCAUCCUUUUGGUGAAGUCGCAGGGCCAGACUCCCGGCGCCGUUAGCCUCAGCAAGCCCGCUUACUUCGGCUCUAUUCUCUCGACCCUUGUCUUAAUCCUCAAUCACCAUCAAGUCAUGCGCGGAGAGGCGUUCAACCAGCGAGUCUUCUUCCGCCUUUUCUCUAGCAUUCUGUGUGAAUACUCUAUGGCCGAACUCCAACACCACGAGGAGCAUCAGGGCAUGAUUUUUGCCCUUUCCAACAAGCUUCUCUCUCUUCAACCCCGAUACGUGCCUGGAUUUGUCUAUGGAUGGUUUUCCCUGGUCUCCCACCGCGUGUUCAUGUCUGACAUGCUCAAUAUGCCUGAGAGAGCAGGCUGGGCUCCCUACUGCGAGAUCAUGCAAGUGUUGCUGUCAUAUAUUGGCGAGCAGCUCAAGGCGGCCAACAUCUCCUAUGUCGCCAAGGACUUGUACAAGGGUGUGCUCCGUAUCUUGUUGAUUCUCCACCAUGAUUUCCCAGAGUUUGUGGCUGAGAAUCACUUUCAAUUUUGUAAUGUGAUUCCGGCUCAUUGCGCUCAGCUCCGAAACCUGGUUCUGAGUGCCUACCCAUCCUCGUUCCAGAAGCUCCCAGACCCUUUCCGCGAAGGCUUGAAGGUUGAGCGCAUCGAGGAAAUGCGAGAAAUCCCCAAGAUUGCCGGCGACAUUACUGCUCCACUUCACCAGGCGAAUAUCAAGGAUGUCGUCGAUUCCGUUCUCCAGGGUGAUAAGGCACCUGAGGCUGUGGUUCAGGAAAUCUGUGACACUGUCGUCAGCGAUGAACCCCGGGAUACCGCUUUGUUCCAUCAGCCCAUCAACGUGGACAUCGUGCUCGUGAAUGCGCUUGUUCUCUAUAUCGGCCAACAAGCUGCUGUGGAGCAUGCGUCGAAGAACAACACGCGCAGCGUGUUUGAAAAUUCGACCAAUGCUGCUCUUCUUGAGAGCCUUGCCCAGAUGAUGCAACCUGAGGCUCGUUACUAUCUGCUGAGUGCGAUGGCCAACCAGCUCCGAUACCCCAACAGUCACACCUACUUCUUCAGCUUUACCAUCUUGCGUUUGUUUGGUGUCGACUACUCCGAGCAGGAUGAAUCUGAUGUCCGACAGCAGAUCAUCCGUGUGCUUCUGGAGCGUCUCAUUGUUCACCGUCCGCACCCAUGGGGCCUCAUUAUCACUUUGCAAGAGCUUCUCCAGAACCGAAGCUAUUCUUUCUUCCGCCUUCCUUUCAUCCAGGCGGCUCCCGAGAUCGGACGUCUCUUUGACGCUCUUCUCCAGCAUAUCCAACAGCAAAGCCCCCGACCCCUUGCGUAA